AUGGACGCUUACUUUAGUCAAUUUCCUCUUGAUUUUGAAAGUAUAGGAUCUGCAUUUGUCAAUGCUUACUAUGGAAAGCUUCAACAAAAUCGCACGGACGUUGCAGAUAUGUAUCAUGAUUGCGCUUUAAUGUCCUAUGAGGGCUUAAAGAUACAAGGGAAACAAAAUAUUCUAAAACACAUUGAAAGUUUAUCCUGGAAAACCAUUAAAGUAGAAGUGAGUACGUGUGAUUUCCAACCGGUCGACAACGGCUACCUUGUAUUUGUUAAUGGCAAGCUGAAGGUUGAUGGUGCUGAAAAGGAUUUACCGUUCUCGGAAUUUUUCCUCCUGAAGAGGAUGAAUAAUGCGGUUCUUAUCCUUCACUCCAUAUUCCGGCUGAAUUUGCACAAUUUCUAA